CAAAGAUUCAUGCUGCAACCAGAGUGUCGUAACUUGACGCUUUAUAAAGACAGAAGCAUUGUUUAAACAUGGAUCUGAGUCUACAAUUUAUUUCCCUGACGUCAGCCUUGAUGCUGAUUACACCUGAUGUUUUAGGACAAAGCGCUCCCUGCAGCCAGGCAGGAGCUGUAUUUUUCAAUGGAAUCUGUUAUCGAGCUUUUAGCGACAGGGCACUUACUUGGAAUGAAGCACAACUAGCAUGUAAGACCUGGGGUGGAGAUUUAGCUAGGAUUGAUUCAGAUAGACAGACUUAUGCUGUUGUUCAAGCGUGGUACAGCUUGUCCUACUGGGUUGGUAUGACAUUCAUUGAUGGAACAUGGAUGUGGGUGUAUGACAAUUCAACAGUAAAUGGUCCACAUCAACCUGGAUUUGAUUGUCAAUCAGUUAAUGAUGACUAUGGCAUCUUUCUGGAAGACAAGCAGUGUUCUAGCAAGUUAUAUUACAUGUGCAUGGGUCCCUCCAUUGAGAUCCCUACAACACCAACUAAUAUUGAAACAAGCGCAAAGACUACACAACUCUUAGAGACGCCUGCCCCUAUAGCCAUUGAGAUUCCUAUGAUACCAACUAAUAUUGAAACUAGCGUAAAGACUACACAACUCUUAGAAAUGCUUGCCCCUAUAGCCAUUGAGAUUCCUAUGAUACCAACUAAUAUUGAAACUAGCGUAAAGACUACACAACUGUUAGAAAUACCUGCCCCUAUAGCCAUUGAGAUUCCUAUGAUACCAACUAAUAUUGAAACUAGCGUAAAGACUACACAACUCUUAGAGACGCCUGCCCCUAUAGCCAUUGAGAUUCCUAUGAUACCAACUAAUAUUGAAACUAGCGUAAAGACUACACAACUCUUAGAGACGCCUGACCCUAUAGCCAUUGAGAUUCCUAUGAUACCAACUAAUAUUGAAACUAGCACAAACACUACAUCACUCUCAAAGACGUCUUCUAAAAUUCAACCAGACUAUUCCAAAUCUCCAAAGGAUAAAAGCAAGAAGAUACUUGAAGGGACUAAAACACCAAACAAAGGAAAACAAGGUGCCGAAGGUCAAGGAAAACAAGGCGCCGAGGACAAAGGAAAACAAGGCGCCGAGGACAAAGGAAAACAAGGCGCCGAUGACAAAGGAAAACAAGGUGCCGAGGACAAAGGAAAACAAGGCGCCAAGGACAAAGGAAAACAAGGCGCCGAGGACAAAGGAAAACAAGGCGCCGAGAACAAAGGAAAACAAGGUGCCGAGAACAAAGGAAAACAAGGCGUCGAGAACAAAGGAAAACAAGGUGCUGAGGACAAAGGAAAACACGACUAAAAGUUGCUGUUUUUUUCUAAUUUCAUCUCUAGUCUCCUACACUUUUUUGUUCUCUCUAUAAGAUUCCUAAUGAAAACAGCAAAAUAUGAAGUAUUAUUUUUUUUUUAUAAAAUCGCUUAUUCAAAGUGAAAUCGUAUCAAUUAGUCAUAAAAUUAAGUUUGUAAUAGAUCUAGA